GAGAGAGAGAGAGAGAGAGUCUGUGCUCAAUGAGCCCAUGCAUUUUCUACCAGUAAGCACAGAAUUCCCUCUUGUUUCUGUUUGCUCAUUUUGGAUGGAGAAAGCAUUUCACUGUGGGAGCAGAGCACUUUUUUAAAGGAUUCUUUGGUUAUCUGGAGCAAUGUGUUGUUGCGGAUAAUAAGACAGACCAUUCUUAAAAAGGACUGCAUUUACUAGAUACAGCUGACAUUUAUAUUGAGUAUCUGCAGCUAAAAACAACUGACUACUUUGGUUGCCACAAGUAUUCCUUGAUCUGCUUAAUCAUUAGGAAACAAAGGUUGCCUGCAAUUCUGGAUUAAAUUGCACCAGUGAGGAAAGCUUCCAUUUUACCAUUGAACAAGCACAGACUGAAAGGGUGGCACACCUGGCCAGUUCCAGAUUUAGUACCAUGUGAGCUGAAGUUCAUGUGAUCAGACAGGAGAAACAUGCAAAUGUGUGGACAUGGAGAUAAUCUCGUCUGAAAAUGACACGUUUUAUGAUACACUCAGCCCUGAUGAAUACUUACUUUCAAAUGUAAAUGAAGAUAUAAACAUACACAGGCAUCAGCAGUUACCUUCAAGCUUUACAAACACAGCCAGUGUAGUAAAACCAGUGGGGUGGCACACAAGCACUUCAGAAAAGUUACAGCCUGCUGAAGUGAAAUUGCCAGAUGCUAAGACAGUAAAUAAUAAACAUUGUACUGCACAUCCUGGCUACGUCUCUCCAUAUCAGGCAUCAAUUGAAACCCUCAAUGGUAAAUCUGACUCGUCAGAUUCAUAUCACACUCCUUUGUGCUUGGAAGCCAUGGAGAGGCUAAGUGAUUAUAGUGAGGCAUUUUUAGAUGCUAAUGAUUACUUCUCUACAUUGAAAUAUGACACAGAAUCUGAAUUACAUUACAAGCAUGCCCAAUCAGGAUACAGCAUUGGUCUCCAAAGAAAUCCAUCAUCUAAAAAUGAUCAGCCAGUUUACAUGAACAGUAAGCAAAAUUCCAUUAUGAAGCUUGCUGAUAAGUUUCAAUUUACUGAGUGCUGCCCGCACAGCAUAACAAAAAUUCCAUCUGGAAUUAGUCCAGGCAAAGACAUGCACUCUGGAAUUCGAGACCACAAUAAAUUUAAUUGCAGUAAUGAUAGCUGCCCUGGUCAGAGAGGAAAUUCUUGCCAUGCUAAUAUUGCCUCAGCUGACUUCUCAUCAAAGGUAAAUGAUAGGCCAUGCAAGCAAGUGGCAGUCAGCAACUUAGGCAGAGAUGAGUUUGCAAUACGAGGGACACACAGCUACACGAACUGCAGAGAAACAGACACUCAGCAGCCCCGGCUGUCACUCAGAGCCAAAAAUAGCUCAGAUUCUGAGCAGACCAGAAAUAGAGAAAUAGCUGCUGGUGAAGAAGUGAGACUUGCAGAAAGUGCUACCCCAUAUUCAAGUGGCCUUCUGCCACACAAGAAAAACAAAAAAGAUAAGCUGUAUCAUCAUUCAAGGCCCAGAGUCGAAUCUCUGUGUAGGACUGGUCUUGGUGAAAGGUGUAAAAGUGCACGCACUGAUCACACCAGUGAAAGCUCAAGUUUGGUAAGCGAACUGGAUGAGGCUGACAAUGAAGUGAGGAAUCUUACUGCCUCUGCCUUUCGUAGUUUAUCACGUCCCCAGGAUAAGUGCAUAGACAUUCACAGUUCUACCUGCACAUCAUCGUCUAAUUUUUCACAGUCGUUAUCAGAAGAAAGUUCUGAAAUGAACAAAUGGUCAGCUUAUAUUGAUUUAGCCAAUACUAAGUUGUAUAGCAGUGAAAAUGAGUUAUCAGAUGCUAUUGAUGAGACAGAGCUCUCAUGCAGACUGGACAGUAUGCAGUUUGAGUGCAUUGAUGUAAUGUUAGAAAACCAGAAUGAAAGAAGAGGUCGAUCUGAAAAAAGGACUGUACCAAAGCGUCAAAUUCAAUUAAAGAGAAGGGAUAAAACUGAACCAAGAGGUUUUAAACUAAGCAGUUCCACAGAUAGUCUGCCAGUUGGGUCAGAAUCUUCAGAUAUGCAGACUGAAGAGGAAAUGGGUUUAAAUGGCAAGAAAUCUGUUAGUGAUAAUGAGAAAUCAAAGAACUAUGGUACAAUUGUAGAUAAAAAUUUCAGAAGGGCAAAGUCUCUUGAUGAGCCAUCCAAUAAAGCAAAAAUUGCAAGCCACCUUAUAAAAAAUGUUCUUACUAAAAAGAUCCAGUAUGAGCAACAAGAACAAGCAGUUCAGUGUCUCGAAUCCUCAUUGACAUCUGCUCCAUCCUCUGCCUGUGCAGAGCUGCCCAAAAUGUCUCAUGAAGAAAAGACAGAUGCCAAUAAGUUUCAAAAACAAAUUUCUAAGACCUUACCAGACGGGCUUAAUGUUUCACACAGCAGUCUGUCUUCUGAGGUUUUACCCAAGCAACAAGACUCUCCUGAUGAAAAAGUAAAUAAAAUAUCUGAGGUUGCCGAAAAUAAAAUAUCCGAGGUUGCCGAAGAUUGCAAUAGCAGCAGUGCAGCAAACCUUCAGGGUGUUAUCAGGCCUUGUGAAUAUUUAGGUAAAAUGAACUUUCCCAAACCAAAACCAAAUUGCUUUACAAGGUUGUUUGGGAGUGGUAGAUAUCAGAACAAAACAAGGUCGAAGUUAGUUUCCACUGAAAGUCAAACAGAAGAUGUAUAUAUUUGUAAUGGUAUGCAAUGGACUGAGAAACAGGAAGGGCAAACUGAAGAUGGCAUUCAAGCAUCAAAAUGGAGUGACAAUGCAAACAAUGUAAAACUUAGCACAUCUUCACAUGAUGCACAGACACAGGCGAUGAACAGCCCAGUGGAAGCUAAUUACAGCCUUAUUUCUGCUAAUGAAGACAAAAAUGAUGGCAAUGUAGGUAGCACCCAAAUCUCCAGAAACAUAUUUACAUCAAAAUCGCCAGGAAUAAAACUGCAGCCACAGAGCAAAGAUGGUAAAAAAAAUAAAACAUUCACUACUGCCAGAGUCCUCACUCCUAGUAAACCUUCUGAUGAAGCCUCCAGAGUUCAAACAGUUCAGCCUAGAUGCCAGUCUUCACCAUGUCCAUUCAAGCCUGACACUAGUGAGUUGGACACUGCACCCAUGUCUAUCUCUCAGACAGAUGUUGUAUCUGAAAAUGAACCUGAGCCUAAAGCUAAAAAGGCAAUACAUCAAGUAAGGGAUAUCCGAAAGCUUGUUAAAAACAACUAUACUUUAUCUUUCAAAGCUGCUGAAAAUGCAGCUACAACAGGAAACAGUUACCUUGGUUCUGAAGAAGGCACAACUGAGCCAUGUAUCGGUUCUGCCCCACAGGAGAACAUGCCAACAUCUCCUCUUUUUAUAGAAUGCAAGGCAGUACAGAGACAAAAAAUGGCAAGUAGAGAAGGUGAGACUCCUGCUAGACAAAAUAAUGUAGUAGUUGAAGGAAAGUGUUUUACAGAGGAAAUGAAGCCUUCUUCUUCUUGUGAUAAGCAUAAUCUAGCAGAUAAUGUGUAUGCAGCUUGUGUGUCACCUUCAUUUGCAAAAUCAAGCAAUGAUACUGCUUCUGGUACAAAAACAAAUGCCUUAGUCAUGGGUGUAGACAGCGAUCAGUCCACACCAGUGGUAGAAGGGGCAUCAGAUGGCAAUACUGUGACAGGUGCAGUAUUGUGUACACAAGAACCACCAUCACUUACAGCCAUCAAAUCAACUAAUUGUAAAAGUGAAGUAAAUCAACUGCUUUCUAUGGAAAUGCAUGCGGUACAAUCUAAGACUGAACCCCAGCAAACUAAGAAUAACAGUGUGUCUUCUCCAGCAGCCUUAAAACAGCAAGUCGAUGCAAACUCAUGCACAAGCCAAACAGAACAUAAAGAACUCAAAACUAAGGAGCAACUAAAUGUUGUCGCACAGCAAAGCACACACUCUGAGAAGCAACUAUUGUCUAAAGCAUCUAUUUUUCAGAGAACGUCAGAUUCUUUGGCAACAGGAGUAAGUCAAAGUCAAGAUGCUGGCAUUGGGGAAAAUAUGAAUAAUGAAAAAGAAAUGGAGGUAUCUCAGAAAGUUACAACUGACAGUCGAUUUUUUAUUAAUGGUCAACAAGACUCGAGCUGUGAAAUGUCAUCUGAAUUUCAAACAUCAUCUGCUACUGCAAAUGCACAACCACAGGAAAAGGCCUUUACCUCUGUGGCUUUAGAUGAGAGUGAUGAUCACUGCCAGUCUGAGACGAAGUGUACAAAUCGGAGCAAUGUUCAUCACUUAUCUGCUGUUCGGCAGCAUUCUCACGAGCGCACAAUAAUAUUCCCAGUUUUAAGUUCUUGUGAAUCUUAUUUAAAAGCAAAGAGUGUUUCCCCUUGUAAUCUUGAAUGUCAGCCAGUAGAAGAAGUAAAUAUACUUACUAAUGAUGCCAAACCAAAAACUAUCGGGCUACACAUGCAAGAAAUUACAGAAAUGUCAAAUAUCAAGCCAUCCAUUCAUGUAAGUUCCAGAAAUCUGUCAAGCACUGAAUACAAUGUUAGACUGUCCCCAUCUCCAAAUAUCUGCAUUGCUUCUUCCACAGAAACACACAUUAUAGGAGAACAACAAAACAACCCAGCAGUAAAACUGCAUGAUAGUGAAGUAACAUUACCUACAAUGCCUUCUGAAAUGAUGAACUAUCUGGCAAUGCCUUUAAAUAAAAAUAUACUUCCAACAGAACUGGCUACUGGUAUUAAUCCUUCUGCUGCAGGACCUGAACCUCCAAAUAUUACCAGCACAUUUGAGCCUCACUUUCCACCUCCACCCUCAUUUGAACCAUCAUAUGGUGAAAACACAAUAAAAAAUGAAACUAUUUGCUGUGUGCCAAAGCAUGAGGAAGUAACGUUUCCUCCCCCACCACUGCAUAGAAUGCCUACAGCAGCAGGUCUGCAUGCUAGUAAAGAUGAGAUUUGCUCAGAGUCAGGCCACGAAACAAUGACAGCUGCAGGCAAAGAAAAUGAAAUGCCCCAGGCAAUGCAAAACAAUACAGUUCCCAAUAUGUCUUGUUUUCCAUUUCUGCAGACUCAGAGAAAAAUCCUCAUAGACCCUGAUAGUGGAAAAUAUUACUAUGUUGAUGCACCAGUGCAACCUCAGCUUAAGAUGCUAUAUGACCCAGAAACAGGUCAGUACAUGGAAGUCUUCAUUCCACAACAGUCCACACCACCACAUGGUUCACCUUAUCCUUCUCCAAUGACACCUUAUGUUAUGAAUCCAGGAUGUUAUGGGUCACCUUAUAUCCAGUACCCUGGGUAUGCAAUGGUACCCUCCCCUGUUAUGUCAUCCAUGCAUCCUGAGACACAUAACACCUCAUCACAAUCAGAAAACCACCUCUAUAGGGAAAUGUUUAAUGAGACAGCAAAGCAGUGUUUGCAAAAUAUCCAGCCAGCUGAUGGGAGCUACAUGGAAAGCCUGUAUUAUAUUCCAAAUGGCAUUAAAGGAAACCUUAAUUCUUCUGUGCCUUCCUUUGAUCACAUGCCUAUGAACACUAAGGCGUUGCUGCAGCCUACGGUUCGAACGGCAGUAAACAGUGGCUACACACAUACUCCAUGAUAUGGUAAUAAUGCUUUACAUCAGAGAAUAGAAAGUCUUCAUGUGUUAUAGUGACUGCGAGCAAAGUCAACUUGCUUUAUUUUCUAGACAUUGCAUCAAUAGUGCAGCUGUUUUCAUCAGUUAAUGGAUUAUAAUAAGAAAAUAACUAUAAACAUUUCUACUGGAAUAAAACCAAAAAAUAUUUAAUGAGGUGUACCCCAAAGAAAAAAGAAGAUAUUCUGAGGUACAUACCAUGUCUUCAACAAUAAUGGUGUAUAUAACUUUUAUUGAGUCUCCUACAAUUUAUAAAUAAUUUUAGAACUAUUUUCUACAUGUUGUUGAUAAACGUCUUAGAACAAAAUGUUCACAUGUAAAAUUCUCAAUUUAGUCUGCCAGGGUUUAGUGAAUAGAAGUGAAAUCUGUUUUUUCUCUAUAAAAUGAGAACAGCUUUUUCAGAGCAUGAAUGGAAAAGUGUAGACUCUGGAAAUUUGUCCAGAGAAAGAAAUUUAUCAGUCAAAGUUUUAUGUUCUGUUAUUAUUCCAUCCAUAAAAUAUGUAUGGAGACCAACCAUUUCUUAUUUGUAUUGCAGAUGUUAGGGUAGUGGUGAAAAACAUACUAUUCUCACUUACUGUGCAAUUGGAGGAACAGCUGUGAUACAUUUUGUACAGUGUUAAAUUUAUGAAGAUAUAAAUUACAUUAACAGGUUGUGUGAUGUUCAUGAGUAAUGCAUAACACAAAGAUGGUCGGUGGAAGAGCUAUAUAUUUGUAUAGAAGGCAUCCUAACAGAGCUAGGGAGACAGUAUAAGAAGAGUUUAUGCAGGAAUAAGCAAUAAUUUCUGAGCAGUUUCUGUCUAGUGAGACUGGUAUAUCUGAAAAGGUAAAUUAAACAUUUUUACAUGAAAUACAUUAUAUUUGAUAUGUUUAAGAAAUGUUAAUAAUAGCUAUUUUGUUAUAUCAAGAUUCCUUUUUUCUUUUUUUCUUUUUUUGUUUCAGACUGACAGAACUUCCAACCCCCAAAUAUACUAUAAAACUGCACAGAGAAGAGUUUCACAUAAACAGACUCUAUCAUGUUUAACGGAUAACAUUAUGGGGAGGAGGAACUUUAUUAAGAAUAGUAUUCUUUCUAUGCUCAUUUAAUUUUUUAUGGAUAUCUCAGUAGAUGACCGUUUCAGACAAACAACAUAAUUUCAGGAAAUAAGAACUGCAUUAAAUUUCAGCAUACACUAAAACUGGCCCCAUCAACAGCUAAAAUGUAGGCUUAUUCUAUUCUUCGUACAGAAUUCAGCAUGAGGCAUUUAAUAGUGUGGCAUCAGCAACUAAAUACACAGUGUGUUUAAUGCUUUCUGGAGCUGCAUUUUUCUUUACAGUGGGCAGCUAACCAUGACACAUAAUGUGGCACCGUAGGUUAACAAAAAAAGUAAUUAAUCAAAAAUUAUUGGCCAUAGCCAAAGGUAAGUCACAGUUUUUUUUUACUGUUGUUAGUUGCAAAUGACCAGCUAAGUUAUUUCAGUUUUUUUAUACUUGUCACAUUGUGAGAGACAUUCUGUUAAAGACUUCGUUUAAUAUCUAGGCUCUGAGGAGGACAUCAGAUUAAAACAUCCCUCCCGCUUCUUCAAUGAAAGAAUGACUACAUAAAUAAAUAAUACUGUUAAUUUGCAGCAUAUGGCUAAUCCUCUUCUAUAGUGAAAUUGGAAUGUAUUGAACAGUUAACUGUAGUAGUUUGAACUGUCAAAAGUAUUGCUGACUGAGAGAUUAGAGUGCUACUAUAAUAUUACAGUGUGUUCAUAACUGACUGACUGUUUAUACAGUUGUCCUCACUGUGGAGGCAAGGGUUGGGGAGGGAGAUAUCACCAAGUAAACAAAAGCAUAGCACAUAGAGAUAGCAUUAAAAAGAAAGAUGAAAACUGGUUAAGAAAAGAAAACCUUGCUAAAAUAUCCAUAGUUUGGAAUAUAAUGUUGAUUGAGAGGCCUAGCAUUUUGGAAAACGCCAGAAAAUAUUUGUCUCUGCUUCACUUAUACCUAAAUUGUAAUGCCGCAUUCUCUAAAGUAAGCUUCAGUAAGGUCCAGGUGAAGUCCACUUAUUAGCUCUUUAUUAGGUCAUUGCAAAAAAAAAAAAAAAAGAGAGAGAGAGGGCAAGAGAAGAAAAAAAAGGAUACCAUUUUUGCACAUUAUUCAUAACACUGAUUAUGUCAGAUAUUCUCAUACCAUUAAUCAAAGUCAAGUAGAACAACAUCUAGACAUAAAUUUGCAAGGAUAUUAAUCUUUUAAAGCAUUUUUUACUUUUAGCAUACAGGAAUAGAAAAAACAAAAUCCAAGUAUUAAGGCAGAAUUUCAAAAUCUGAGUUUCAGAUUUGCCAACAUUAUAUUCACAAUAUUAAUAAAGGGAGUGACAUAUUACUGUUGGAGACUUGGGCAUAAGAACUGUGUAUUAUAGAGCACACUUUUUUCUAUUUUUGGUGGAGC